AUGUACAAUCGAGUGCUCUGGCUUUUCAUACAUCUUGUGCGCAUACUGCUGAUUUUAGUCACUAAUAAUACAAUCCUUGAGGAGAAAUGUCGUACAACAUUUGCUUUGAAUCAACUGCAUAUAACCUCGAAAGAAAUGGAACGUGCAAUCAAUCGGUUUUUACUGAAGCUAAUGGUUCAUCAGUCUCCAGUGUUGUUCUGUGGAAUUAUAGAACUUGAUUUAUUCGUGGUAUGCGGUAUUGUUGGCGCUGUGACCAACUACUUCAUAUUUCUUGUACAAAUCGAUUUGGGCACUACAACAAUAUCGGAUUUCAAUAUCACAGAUACACCAACAAAUAAUCGUAAUAUUUAA